AUGAUCUUCAAUAUCUUUGAAUUCAUCUGUGCAUUUCUCGAUUUGGCCACAGGCCUGCGAGAUACGCCCUUUGGGCAAUUCUUGCGCCUGAUAGGCUUCAAAUCGUAUCUUCACUAUCCAGAGGAGAUAUACAACUUCCAAGCACCUUCCUUCUCGACUAUAUCUGCCAACGACAAUGCUGUCGAUGAAGAACCUAAGCUCGAUCUAGAGGCCAAAAGGACCAUGUCCAGGAACUCAUAUGAGAUCAGCAUCAGAGAACCGGAGACCAUCCGCCGCCUCUCGUCCAAGAACAUUACGACAGCCUCUCUUGUCACAUGGUAUUCGGAGGAUGACCCAGAAAAUCCUCGCAACUGGAAUGAUCAAAAGAAAAGUUGGGUGAUCAUUGUCAUGACCCUCUAUACAUUUGUGGUCUACUGCACCGCUUCGAUCAUUACCCCUACCGCCGAAUACGUGAUGCAGCAAUACAACGUCUCGAUCGAGGUCGCCAGCCUCGGACUGUCACUCUACGUUGUCGGAUACGGUGUCGGGCCGAUGUUCUUCUCACCAAUCUCAGAGAUCCCAUUCGUAGGACGCAACCCUCCCUACAUCUGGUCUUUCGUCGUCUUUUUCCUUGUCAGCAUAAUCAUCGCAGUCGUUGACAAUUUUCCCGCCAUGGUCGUCCUCCGCUUUCUACAGGGAUUUUUCGGCUCCCCUAUUCUUGCUUCGGGCGGAGCGACCAUCGAAGACAUCUACGAUCCCUACUCUGCCCCUUACGCCUACAUCUGGUGGAUAGCCGCCAUGUACUGCGGACCUGCCUUUGGGCCUCUCUUCCCUGCCUGGGCUGUCGCAUCCGACUGGCGCUGGGCUUUGUGGAUAACAGUCAUCAUGGCCUCAGUCAUAUUCGUCCUGCUCCCUUUCAUGCCCGAAACCUCACCGACAACUAUCAUCCUACACCGCGCCCGUCGUCUCCGCCUCGCCACGGGCAAUCCGUCCUACCUCGCCCCCAGUGAACUGAAGCCUCUAAACCUCGGAACCACUUUUAAACUCGCUCUCAGCAAACCCGGAGAAAUCACGAUCAAAGACCCAGCGAUCGCCUAUGCCUGUAUCUACGGAAGUAUCAUAUACGGCACCUACUAUUCAUUCUUCGAGGUCUUCCCUAUAGUCUUCCUGCAGCACUACAAGAUGUCUUUACAUGGCCUAGGACUAAUCUUCACCGGAAGCAUCUGCGGCGGUUGCCUUAUUGGCGUCAUCAUCUAUUACAACUACAUUCGCCAUUACUUCAUCCCCCGCGCGCGCCACAUCCUGCACGUCAGCGGCCAAGCCGUGCCUCCCGAAGCCUGGCUCCGUCCUGGCCUCAUCGGCGUCUUCGGACCGCCCGUGGGCCUGUUUCUCUUCGCUUGGACCGCCAAGCCAUCCAUCCAUUGGAUCGUGCCGACGGUGGGGAUCGCCAUCUUCGCCGCAGGCAGUUUCGUCGUCUUCCAGGGCCUGAUCUGCUACAUUCCGCUCGUGUACCCCAAAUACGUGGCCAGCUUGUUUGCGGCCAACGACUUUGCGCGAAGCAUGUGCGCGGCGGCCAUGGUGAUGACGUCGAGGUACAUGUACGAGAACCUCGGUGUGGCUCGUGGUGUGACGCUGGUGGGCGGGCUGAGUGUGUUUGGGGUGGUCGGCCUGUGGGUUCUGUGGUGGUAUGGAGCCGGUUUGCGGGCACGGAGUCGUUUUACUGGUGACUGA